CAUCCCCGUGCUAGACCAGCAAGCAAGUAGUAACGUUAACGUUAGAAUUUUGUCUUUUGUUUAAUUCUUUUAUGUUUAUUUUACCGGGAAGCGACUAAGUCUAAAGAUCGUGGAAUCAUCGAAACAGACAUUUGGUGUACGGGGAUCAGCCAGAAAAUUCACCAGCACCGGUUCCAUGCUAAAUUUUCAGUGUGAUCAAGUAGUCAAAAGCGUAUUCAGGCAGCCUUCAACGUAAACAAAAAUGGAGUUAGGGGAGGGAGAGGCGCAAAUUUGUCGACUUUGCGGCCAGUACGAAAGUAUAUACAUUGAUGUGUUCGGUGAAGAGGGUACCAAACGAUUUUUAGGAUUAAAAAUCCACACAAAAGUCAACAUUCUGGUAAAAGAGAACGAUGGACUGCCGCAAAUUGUUUGUAUGCGAUGUUUGGGCACGCUGGAAUUUCUAUGCGAUUUUUACGAACGUUGUCAUCUUACCCAAAAGGAACUUUUGGAGACUAGUCAAAAUACAAUGGAUGAGAAGAUACAACAAAACAGUGAUGAAGAAUCAGAUAAAGAAAAUGCUAUUCCAUCGAUAAAUGAAACUAAACAAAAGGCAGAAGUUUUAUCACCUGACAAUUCAAAGAGUACAAAAAAAUAUCCUUCCGAAAAUAAUAUGUCGUAUUAUAGAACUGAAAUAAAAGAAGAAAACGCUAAUCACGUAAAGAACAAUACCUCUACAAAUGGUGUUCAUUUGGUAACACAAACUACAGUACAACUAAAUAAGAGAAUUUCUAAAAACCACUCUGUAGUGGAUAAUGAAAAUUCAAAUAGAAAAAUAUCAAAAAAUGAUCAAAAUGAUACUAAUAAUUUAAGAUGUAAAAGAAAUUUAAUAAUAAAAAAAAAUAAUACUUUGAGAAAGACUGCAAUCCGUACAAGAUCAACAAAUGACUUGAAUUCAUCACAAAAAAAUAAGACUAACAUUAGUAUAAAUUUAGAUUUGCCUGUACGACGCAAGAGAGGUCGGAAAAGUAAGUUAGAAAAGAUGAGAGAAAUGAAUUUAGCUGCAAGUUUUAAAAAAAAUAUCCAAACUGAUUCAAGUGACAGAAUGACUGAGAAUCUUAACAAUGAAUACAAAAGGCGUUGUUUGCGUACAAUUUGUACUAACAGUAAGUCUAAUAAUAUAAGUAAUAAUGCUUCAAUCUCGUCAAAACUACAAGUUAGUCAAACAAUAGCAAAGGAAAAGGUGGUAGUAGUAAACACAUCAUUAGACAUAGAUUAUACCAAAGGCAAUGAAACUAAUACUAUGUACAGUGACAAUAUAGUAACUAAUAAAGUAAUAGAAAUAGGACCUGAUAGUAAAAGUACAGUAAAAUCUAACAAAUGUAUGGAAAAUACAAAAGACAAAUCUGCAAAAGAUAAAGCAAUAUCAGUUAUUGUAAAGCAGGAAAAAGAGGAGACAGAAAAUACUUCUAUUAGACAGAAUGAAAAGUCAAACCAGCAUGUUUGGAUUUCUAGUGAGAUACAAAAGGAUAAAAAUACAGUGGAGAGUCAAGAUCAAAAUCAAAUACAUCAAAAAAAGACUAAUUUAACACAGACAAUCUCUUCAGAGACAAAGGGAAGUAAAAGUUCUAAAAAUACUGAGAUUAAUUUGGCAGGACAAAAUUCUGACAUAGAAACUCAUUCUACCUCUACCAACCUACAUUCAAAAGUAUUUACAGAACAAAAUCGCGUGACAGUUAUAAAAUCUUCACAAUCCAAUGAAAUAUCAAAUCCAAAGAUGAUGCAAGAAGAUUCUACAGAAUUGUUCAUUGCAGUGGACAUAGGAAACCAAAGUACCGAAAGUGAAUUAAAAUGCAACCUCAGCGAACAAUCACAAUCUCAACAAUUUAGUCAAGAUAGUUUUGAUGGUACUAAGUGUAAAGAUAGAUCAUUUGGUAAAAUCUCUGAAUUGAUAAGCGAUGAACAAAAACAGACUAUUGAAACUUAUUACACAGUAGAUAUGUCGAUUGUAAACUCGGAAGAAGUACAGAAAAAUAUAACGAUAGUUAAUAAAAAAAAUAUACGCUGCAAUAUUUGUGGUACUUUUUAUCUUAGAAUGGAUAAAUGUCAGGUACAUAUCUGGGGACAUUUACAAAUGAAACCCUAUCAAUGCAAGGCUUGUGACUUUGCUACGGUUACUGUUAGCAAUGUUCGUUGCCAUAUCAGGAAGAGUCAUCUAAAGAUUAAACCAUUUGCAUGCCAUCUUUGUGAAAAGCGAUAUGUAACUGCUAUUUUACUAGAAGAGCAUAUUAAUACUCAUACAGGUGCCCGUCCAUAUAAAUGCAAGCUCUGUGAUUUUGCAAGUUCUAGUAGACAAAUACUAAGUUACCACAAUGCCACACAUAAACCACUAAAGGAUAUUAAUUGUAAACUUUGUGGCAAAGAAUUUUAUUCAAAAAGUAGAUUGCGUGCACACAUGAUUGUACACAAUAAGGAUAAAGCUGUUAUGUGUAAAUUAUGCUCUGCUUAUUUAUCUAAUACAGAAGCAUUAGAAACACAUCAUAGAAACAUUCACAUGCAAGAUUAUGUAUGUAAUAUAUGUGGCAAACACGUUAAAUCGAGAAAAGCUUUGCACAAUCAUCAGAAUGUACAUGCUGCUGCAAAAUACAAAUGCACUCUAUGCCCAAAUGUGUAUAAGAGUAGUCAAAUAUUAAAAGAACAUCUUCUAAAGCAUGAAGGUAUUAGAAAGUAUAAGUGUAAUGUUUGUGGAAAAUCAUUUGGUCAGCAGUCUCAUUUAGCUGCUCAUAUGGCAGUACAUAGUAAAAUUAGAUUCCAUUGCCCAGGAUGUGAUAAACCUUUUAAUCGACAAGACAAUAUGAAGAUACACACUAAACGAUGUAAACUAUUUUUAGCAAAUCCAGAUUUAAAAAAUCUAUUAAGUAAAAGAGAACGAACUAUAUCGUUUAAUAAUAUAGCAGAGUUAACGGCAGAAUUGAAGAACGGAAAUAUGACAAAUUCUGGGUCUCAAGUUUCUCUAAAAGAUCAGAAUAAUGGAACGUUAGCAAAAACUGUGGAAGGACAAAAAAAGACUGCAAUAAAUCUCUGCAAAUUAGGACUGAACAUCUCUUGCAUCGAACCAAUAGAUAAAACGUGGAAUUCUGAUAACAUAUACAAUGAAAAAGAAGCUACAAGAUCUGCUGAAGUUAAUAUAAUUAAGUUUCCAAAUGUCAAUGAUAGAUUAGUUUCAGAUACUGAAAAUAUAUCAGUUCUUGAAAACGUUUUAGAACCAGAAAGCUAUUAA